CAUCGUUAUCGACACAUUCCAUCUCGUAGCAUUUGUCCAGUCACAAGCAAGCGGUCACCUUCACCAUGAAAUAUUCGGUUGUGUUGAUUUACACCUGUGUUCUGGUGGCGAUGGCAAACGGACAUUGGAAAAAUAAAGGAACGGGCAAAUGUCGAGUGCAAAGUGAAUCGAAGGCAGGCAAAAGUCCAUCCUGGGAAUGGGUUGAUUGCGUUUAUAGUAACGGUGAUCUAAUUAUGAUCAGUACAACGAAACGGCCUACGACCACCCAAAAGCCUUUGAAAAUUGACGGACAAUUCAAGAAGAGGGGGCCGGGCAAAUGUUUGAUAAAAAGUGAGACUGAGAAGACGAAGAAAGGAAAUCAGCCAGCUUGGGUGUGGGUUGAUUGCGAUUAUUCAAGUGGGCGUCCGCAACCAAUCACUUCAAAGCCACCUGCCGUGAAAACAACAACGAUCUCUACGACCUCCCGGCCUGUCGUUCCAGUACCAUCUCUGGUCCAAAAUCAAGUCCGGCCUCAAAUACCAGCACAAGUUCCUGUCCAUCCAUCUAUGCAAGUUCCAGCACAGAUACUUUCUCCAGUGCAAGUUCCGGUACAGGUACGUCCUGCAAUACAAGUUCCAGUCCAGGUCCGUCCUCCCAUGCAAGUUCCAGCACAGGUUCGUCCUCCAAUGCAAGUUCCAGCACAGGCCCGUCCUCCCAUGCAAGUUCCCUCACAUGUUCGUCCUCCAGCACCAGUUCCAGCGCAAGUCCGUCCUCCAAUGCAAGCUCCCCCACAGGUCCGUCCUUCAACGCCAGCUUAUUAUCCUGCCUGGCCUUCCGUUCAAGCUCCUCUACGACCUCCAGCUCCUUUCCCCUUCCAGCCUGCUCCAGUUCCACCACGUCCUCCUACGCCAGCUCCGACUCCUUCGCGACCACCAAUGUCUUCUACAUCGAGAUCUGUUCCAGUUGCAACGACUCAGAAGACAUCAUCAACUACUGCGAGCAAUGAAGUCUGUAAGGGAAGGUGGUGCUGGAACGGUACAAUAUGGACAGAGAAAGGUAAAAGUUCAACAGAAAGGACGUUAAAUAUUUUCAAGAAACCUACUCUACCUUAAAGUGCUGGACAGGCUGGAACGCUCGUCAACGUGCAACAACCGAGCGACAAUCAAAAUGAAAAGCCCAAAAUCUGAAUCAAAUGUAAUUACUUGGCGAAUUUUUUUUUUGUAUUUACACCAAUCCACAUGCCAUUUGUCUUUUUUCUUUCACGAAGCAUGGCGCAAUAUAUUUAAACGUAAAGCCAAUAAAAGCAUUGAUACUUAUUAAUUAAGUUUUUUUACAACACCAGAUGGCGCUAGUAACAACGAGAUUGCAUUAAUA